GCAAUUAUUGACGAAAACAAUUUUAUGUGUUGUAAGAGAAGCCGUGUAGGUUCUUUAAAAGGCCUGCAUAUUUUCAAAUUUAUUAUUCCAGUGAAACAAAGAUUAAACUCUGUAGCUGAUAAUGAAAUAGAGACGGCUUUUAAUUUUCAAAAUAAUUAGACCAAUUUCACUAUAUUUUAACGGGAAGAUAUAAGAACAUUUAUGUAGGAGAAAAUGAGCUUCUUUCUUUUAUACAAAUUUUAUAUAGACACCAUGUAUUAAUACUCAUUACAGUUAUAUUGCUUUCAAUGCUGUAAUCAAAUGGGUUAAUAUGGUAUAAUUUAGCUUCAUUUUAAGCAGUCUUUGACUGUUUCUGCUUCGUUGUAUGGGUGUCUCUAAAAGAGAUGAUCAAUAUUUUUACUUGCUUUUUAAAAAUUUUAUCACAAACCUAUCCUUAACUUUAUCAACUACAGUAUUUUAACUAUUCAGUAAUACUGUAAAACGCGACUGUCUAUUGAAUAUUAACUGAGAAUUUGCGCCAAACGGAACAAUAGCAGACGAUUAGGUAGAGCUAAGGCGGGACUGUCUGUGAUUGGUUAAUCCAAUGAGCGCUAGAAGUCAAACGCAAGCCACAAGCAGGCUAUAUAAACACAACUAUUUGUUAAAUUAUCAUUCUCGAUUUUUGUAAACCGAAGAACGAAAUAUUGUACAAUAUGUCUGGACGUGGUAAAGGAGGAAAAGCUAAGGGAAAGGCCAAGAGCCGAUCAAGUCGUGCUGGGCUUCAGUUCCCAGUCGGUCGUGUCCACCGAUUCUUGCGAAAGGGUAACUAUGCAUCUCGAGUCGGUGCUGGUGCCCCAGUCUACAUGGCUGCCGUACUCGAGUACUUGACUGCUGAAAUCUUGGAGUUGGCUGGCAACGCUGCACGUGACAACAAGAAGAGCAGAAUCAUCCCCCGUCAUCUUCAGCUUGCCAUCCGUAACGAUGAAGAGUUGAACCGUCUUCUCGGAAGUGUGACCAUCGCUCAGGGAGGUGUACUACCAAACAUCCAGGCUGUACUUCUGCCAAAAAAGACCCAGGCCAAGUCCAAGUAAAUUUCUACAACCAUCUUCUCAAACCUAACGGCUCUUUUCAGAGCCACCAUAUGUAAAAAAGAAAUUUGACAGUCGUUAUCGUCUAUUUUAGUUACUGUCCAUCAUAUAUUAAAAUUGCUUGCGUUAAUGUAUAUAUCAUUAGAAUCAAUACAUUUAUGCCGGUUCCGAUCGGAUUUUUAUCAUAUUUAUGUUACGGUAACAUUUCCAUAACAGUACAGACACGCUAAGACAAUAACCCCUCCUUUGGGCCACCCCUAUUUAGGGUGGAAACUUUCCGUGGAACAAGGGGAAAUAUACCUUUAAUAACACUACGAUUAACACAUUAA